AUGGUCUAUCGACGCUCGCACAACAAAUCCCGCCAUGGUUGUACCAAUUGCAAGCGAAGGAGGGUGAAGUGUGAUGAGCAACGACCAAAUUGCACUAUCUGUACCCAGCGACAGGAAGAAUGUGUCUACAGCUCGGAGGUUCCCUAUUUCUUCGCCGGCAAACAGUCGCGAAAGCCCUCGCGCAAUAAACAGUCCCCAACCACAGGUCAGACGCCAAAUGCCACCAUCUCUGAAGAUGAGGCAUCGGCGCUUUUGAAUCAGAUAGGGUCGGCACAGAUUUCCACUGGUCCUGUGUUGAAUAUGGAGGAGUUAGAACUUGAGCUGCAGUGGAUUAUGCAAACCCACAAACUCCUUGCCCGCAACGAAGAAACCCGAAAGGUCUGGGAAAUUAUGGUUUUGCAAGAGGCUUUACAGGAACCUUUUCUCAUGCACGGCAUCUUGGGGCUAUCCGCUCUACAUUUAUCACACCUCCGCGCUGAUAACAGCCAAGCGAAGUGGCUUAGUAUCGCGAUGUCGCACAAGAAUGUGGCCAUCUCCAUGUUCUCGGAGCAACUAUCCAAUAUUGACAGAUCUAAUGUCAAAGCAAUGAUGAGCUUCGCCGGUCUUGUUGUGGCAUUCAGCCUAGGAAGUGCACUCACUUCCGGCUCUCCCGAAGGCCCGAGCCUCAAUUCCUUAAUUGAAAUCUUCACUCUCUCCCGCGGAGUCCAAGCGGUCGUUAAUGCCGAGCCUGAUUUUCUCCGACAGAGCAACUUUGCUCCGCUUUUUGACGUGACUGCACCACAAAUUUCUUGGCCUGAUCAUGUCCUCGUUGCGUUUGAUCGUCUCGAAAAAUUGAACGCACAAUGUGGGCAGCAAAUUGCUCAUCAUAAUACUGCCAUCUAUGAGCGGGUCAUAACUUAUUUGCGCGAACUAGCAGCAUUCACAUUGCUACAGCCUACGUCCAUGACCCUUGCUGGUGGCUUUGCUAUUCGAGCUCCUGAGGUCUAUCUAAGCGAUCUCACAAGCAGGCAACUAUAUUCCUUGGUUGUGCUGGCUCAUUAUUGUGGAUUUUUGCACAUGGCCCAGCAAAAUUGGUGUGUGGGGUCUUGGGGUCGUGUGGUUUUAGGAGAAAUUCAACAGUUACUUCCCCCAGACUGGCAGCACCAUAUUGAAUGGCCCGUUAAGCAAGUUUGGGAGUAG